AUGUCCCAUUUCCCAUCAAUCGAGGAUUUCGAUGACGGAGUCACCGCUCCAACCGGUGGUCCCAUCGACGACGCCGACGACCUGUUCCUUCGCGAACAAGCCAUCCUAGGUGACGAAGCCACCCAAUUUUCCGCCGACAAGUUCCCCGCGCUUGAUAACGACGGCGACCUUCUCGGAGGAGGUGGAGCAACAGGUGGCGGUGAUGGAUUAGUCGAGACUCACAAAUUUGAGAGUAGCUUUCCAGAUUUAAUUGCCGAUAAUGAGGCCGUCGGACCCGGUGGAACCAUCACAGGCACAUCAGCUCCCUACAUGCCAGGUGUCGUAAACACCAACUUCCCAUCCACAUCUUCCCUCCCAGAAGAAGAACCCGAAGUCAUCAAGCAAUGGCGCGAACGUCAACAGCUCGAAAUCCAACGUCGCGACGAACUUUCCGAAUCUCGCAAGCAAGAAACAGUCGAAAAGGCACGAGCAGCUAUCGAUGACUUUUACGAUAAUUACAAUUCGAAGAAGGAUAAGAGCAUAGAACAGACUCGAAAAGAAGCAGAGGAAUUCCUUGAAAGUCGUGAAAACACCUCCGUCGGCGGAACCGCCUGGGAACGUAUCGCAAAGUUGGUGGAUCUGACAGAUAAGGGUGUCAAGACCGCAAAGUCGGAUAAGACACGUUUCAGAGAACUCCUAGUUUCCCUACGAAAGGACGAGAAGGCCCCCGGUGCCAGCGGCAUUUAG